GGUGCGAAUAGCGAGCUUCGCCGAGAGUUGCGUGAAGUCCGCUUGUGUGCCGCAGAAAAAGACGUCCUACUGAAGCGUUCAGAGGAACGUAUUCAAACGCUGAAUUCCCAAAUUCGAUCACUUCAGUCUAUCGGUGAUCCUCUGGUUUUGGGUGGAAAUCAAGCAACACAAACACUACCUGAACAUUUGAACGAGGACACAUCGAAAAUUAUUCAGUAUUUGGAAGAACAUUUACAGUUCGUUUUGACGGAGUUGGACGAUAAAUCUCAGCAACUCUUCCAGUUGGAUCGAGAGUUGGAUGAAUACCGACGUAAAUUUGCCUUAUGUCGUCAUCGACAGGGUUUACUCUAUCAAGAUUUCCACACGGAGCGUAAGGCAUGGAAACACGAGCGAAAGAAUUUGGAAGACAAAGUCACUCAGGCUGAGGCUCUAUCAGGAGAAAUAGAGAUUUACAAGACCGAGUUGGCUCGUUUGACCGAAACCUUUAAUCAGAUGGAAAGUGGCGAGACAACUGACGCAAAGGAUGAAAUCAAACGUAAAAUGGGCGAACUGGUUCGUGAACUAACGGUACUUCGUGUGAACGAAGCCACUCUGGUAAGAAGAUUCCGAGCGGCUGAGGAACGGGAAGAGAUGUUUCGCAAAGAAAACAUCAACCUCAAAAGUGACUUGAUCCAAUUGGAAUCUGCCGUGACCGCACGCCUAGGUUAUUAUGCACGGUACAAAGAGAAGACAGCCUUUCAACUAGCCAAUCUGCAUCAAUCCCUGGACAGAAGCAUUCCCCGUGUAGAUCAUGAACGCCUGAUUCGUGAAUAUGAACAAAUGGCUGGCAAAUUUCGGGAGCAGAUGGAUCGCCGUGCUAGCGCCUCGGAAACCAGUUCAGCUUUACAGCGAACGGAAGAGGAAUUGCGCAAACUACGUGAGCAACACGAGGCACUAAAGGCGCAGCUAGGUAUAGAGAAAGAGCGAAGGUGUGUGCUUGAGCUGCAAGCAAAUCGAAAUCCGGAUAAAUCGGUCAAUGAAUCGGAGCUGCCCGCACAAUCUCAACACAUAGCUCAACGUGUCGCUCUGUUGGAAAUGAAAGAGUUGAAUGAAAGAGAGCGAGCGAAUCACGCGCAAGCAAUGUUGGACACCGUAAAAGGUUCCAUACAACAGCUGGAAUCGCGUAACUCGGAGCUGGAAACAUUAGUAUCUCAGCUCACAAAAACUGCUCUAGAUUUGCAGUCGACCGAACAAGAGUUGAGACAAGAGUUGGCAGUUGACCUCAUGAAUCAUCAUUUAAUUUAUUGUUUUUUGUUUCUUGUAUACAAUUAUACUACACAGAUUUCCGAGGCUACUGCAAUUCGACGACUGGCCACGGCACAAGGGAGGGCUUCGCGACUCGAGAACACCGUGCUCAAAUUAGAACAGCGUUUAUCCAACGUGGAGGAUGAACGAUUGGGACAACGGAAUUAUCUACGUCAGCGCGAGCGACGUUUCCGCGAUACAGUCAAUCGUUUACGUUUACGAUUUGCUGGUUGUGUACCACUGUUGGAACAAGAAAGAGCAAUCCAACGUUUGAAUUCGUUAACGCAAGAGCGAGCAGUAUUACAGGCGCAGUUACAAGAAGCGUUGGACGCAAAGAUCGCUUGUGAAGCGCAGCUCGACAGCAUGAAAGAACGUCUUAGAAUGAAUGAAGAAAUUCGAUCUGUACUAAGUGAAUUACAAACUGUUGGAGGAAAACAAAUGAGCAAUAAUGCUGGUGGUGUUUCGCGUGUGGGUGCUCUGGAGCGAAAAAUAUCUGAAUGGCAAUCUCGACUUGCUAAUAUCCGAUUGGGAGAAUCAACUCAACGAAGACAGGCUGAAAAACUGCGUCAACAAGUGCAUCAUUUGGAGUCCCUAUUGCAUACUCAAGAAGCUGAACUGAUCAGUCUGGAAUUGGAGAAUUCUAGUCUUGCCAAAGAACUUGACCGAUGCGAGGUUCAAUGGGAAAAACGAGAAGCGGAGUUAGAAGACGAGCUAGUAGCUUUGGAAUCUGGUCAGAAUGCAGUUGUGCAGACAGCAAUUAGCAUGAAAGCAGCCUAUAAAGCGGCUGAGAUGACGCCCAAAAGAACAACGGACUACACACCAGAUCAGAGAUUACCCGUUUCGGAUCAGUUGACAGACGCCUUGACCACAUUGAAACAGUACUCGGUGCAGUUAUUCGAUCAGAAGGUGGAAAAUGAAGGUUUGAAGAAACGUGUUGCUGAACUCAUACACGCUCUACGUGAGGUGGAGCGUGAGCAUCAACAAUCAUUGACUCCACAAGUAAACCAACAACUGGUCACGGCAAGCAAUUCACCUGCCCCAUCGAAUCCAGUGGUGGCAAGCCUUCGCAUGAAUAUUGACCUAUUAGAACGGCGCCUAGCCGCAAAAGAAGAGAGCUUGCUUAAGGCAAACGAACUACUCAGAGAAGCGCACCGUGCAAGUGAAGAGGCAAAUGAACGACAUGCAAAAGAUAUGGCUGCAUUACAGGCUAAGCUCCAUGCAAAGAUGGGUGAGGCUCUGGUUCAGCUCACUCAUGCAGUGGAAAAUGCCGGUGCAGGAGGUGCUGAUCAGGCCGGAAAAAGACAGGGACAACAAACGGCUCACCUAACAGUACAAAUUCAAGAGCUGGAGGAUGCACUGAACGAACAAAACCAAGUUAUGGUGAAGCAAAUUGAGCAAAACAAACAGCUGCAACGGGAUUGCACUCUGUGGAAAAUGCGUUACGAACAGCUUCAGACGCAAACCAGUGGUGAUAAGGAGACCAUGGAAGAAAGAUACCGGUAA